UUGACUACUCCGUUGAACAAGCAGGAGUUGUAAAUGUCGCCGAGCACUUGAGGGAUCUAUUCUGUCGCCCCGAGUUUAAUCACGACGAGUGUUGCGGAGGUUGGAGACAGGCACCUGAUUGAUGUCAGUGGAUUCCUUGGAUGUAAUUUACAAAGAGUGUUAAUUGGCGGGACACGUUUACACCAAGAUUACCUGUGUUGCGAUGGGACGCGGUUGGAACGCUACCUUACCUUGGGCCCUCUGUAAAGGGGGCCGUCAUUCCACGUGAAACUUGGAUAGCUUUACUUUGAUGACAGGUAGUCAAGGCAUCUACUGUUCCUCUAUCCAUGUGACACCUAGUGGUGAUGUUGACACCUUGGUGAAGGCUGUUGAAAAGGGAGAGUGGCUGUGUUCCUUAACAAGAUUACUGCAUGUGUUGCUUCUGUGAAGACUUCCAACCAGGAGAUGAAUGGCCCCACCCAGGCUGCGCCCUCAUCCCCUACCCCUGUGACACCUCUGCCCCUGGGGUCCCUGGAGGACAAGCUCCGUCUGGCUGCCAGUAAGGGGCUGGUGGACAAGGUACAGGAGCUGCUUCAGACAGGGGCCACCUUGCACCCUGAUAGGGAUGGACGGACAGCCCUGCAGUAUGCUGCCUUGAAUGGACAGGUGGAGGUGUGCAAGAUGCUGCUGCAGCAUGGUGGUGAUAAAGAUGCUCAAGACGCUCUUGGUUACACAGCAUUACAUCGCGCUGCUUCUCAAGGUCAUGCAGAGGUCAUUGAGACUCUCACCAAUGCAGGUUGUGCCAUCAAUAAGCAAGACAAGAAUGGCAACACGGCCCACGAGGCAGCCUGGAAUGGGUUCAGCAAGACGGUGGAGAUGCUGGUCAAGCAUGAAUGUGAUUCCUUCAUCGCCAACAAGGGAGGCUUUACUGCACUACAUCUGGCUGCCCAGAAUGGACACAAUGAGAGCUCCCGGGUCCUGCUGUACGCUGGCUGUGAUUCAGAUCUGAAGAACAAUUACGGGGAUACAGCUUUGCACACAGCUGCCAGAUACGGCCAUGCAGGUGUCACACGAAUACUGCUCAGUGCCAGGUGUAAAAUCAACGAACAGAACAAGAAUGGGGACACGUGCCUCCACAUUGCUUCAGCACUCAAGAGAAGGAAGAUUGGCAAACUCCUUGUGGAAUCUGGCAUUGAUGUUCAGAUCAAAAAUAAGCAAAACGAGACAGCAAUGGAUGUGGCUCGUAGGAAGGAACACCCAGAGAUAAUUAUCAUCAUACAGUCCUUCGCUCGGCCGAAGACCCCCAAGUCUCCCAAAUCCCCUCGACCUAUGACCCGAACCCACCCUAACGUGGUGACCUUCAAGGAUGAGAUCCAGGUGGACAUGGAAGGGCCGGUGGUCGUCCCUGACGAUGACCAACCAGUCAAAUCAGAAAAGCCAGAGAAGGACCGCAAAUUCUUCUUCUUUAAGAAAAAGAAAAAGGACAAAGACAAGACCCCACCACCCACAGUGAAAGGUAAUGGUCAGACUCCCUCACCCAGGGGAGACAACUCCGGACCUGCCCAGCCCUGGAGUAAGCCGUCAGCUGUGCAGGGGUUCUUCAGUCAGUAUGUGCCACAGACCGGGGUCCAGUACUACAGGGAUCUGGCCGGGAACAUCAAACAGGGCCCAGUGGGCUACACUCCACUUUGUCAGUGCGGACCCACCUUGAAGCGUCUGGAGCAGAAGAUCGAGACAAACCGAGAGAACAUGGUGGACCACACUAAUGCCUCUCAUCAGCUUCUCAAAGGACAGAUAGACCACCUGGAUAGACGUACAGCACAGCAGGUGUUCGCUAUCGACAAACUCACCAAGGAGAGGCUGGAGAAUGAACACAAGAUGUGCCACAGUCGAAUCAAGGAACAUCUGCAUCAUGAACGGAAAGGCACACAGCAAAUGUUCAGCCAAUAUAAUGAACAAAUUCAGACCUGGCUUGAUUCGAAGCUUGCAUCAUAUGGACAUUGUUUAAGUCAUCACCAUGAUGAUUCGGCGUUACCUCCUAGGACAAUGUUCACAGACUUUCAUGAAAAUGAAAACGGACGUUUGUUUAGAUCUCGGUCAGAUGAAACGCUUUCAGUUUCCGAUUACAGUGGGAAAUAUCGGAAGAAAGAUUUUUACGAAUCCCGACAUGAAGCCAUGCAGCUGAUGCGAGCAUGGCAGGUACCGUCCUACCGCCAGAGUGUGAGGCGGCGAGAGAGAAAUAACAACACUAUCAACAACAAUGUGACUGUUACCAAGGCUGAGAUUCAUGGAAAGAUGGACAGAAUAGCAGACGGCGCCUCACCAAAAUAUGAGGGCAGUCCUAAUCGCCAAAUGGCAGGACACUAUCAGAAUAUGAUCUCUCCAAGUGCAAACUCUCCUAUUGAUGUCAGUGCUAUUAAGAGAGAGACAGGAAAUCAGGGAGCUAUCCCAAAACGGUUGCCUCAUUCUCAUUCUUGGCAGCAUGCUGUUUCUCAGUCAAAACAAGAUCUGAGCAGGUCACGUGAGGGAAGUCCACAAGUACAUGGUGCUUCUCGGUCUAGAGAAGGAAGCCCAUUGGAUGUUCGUUCUAAUGUUCGGCCAAUACUUCGCAGUCAUACAGACUCUGGUACUCUCAGUAAUCAUAUAUCAAUGCCAAAACAAAAUUUAUCCGAAAGGGGACCUCCAAACACAAGAAACAUGCCCGGUGCACCGGAGGUUCCCCCAAAGCCUCCUAAACCUAGCACUGGGCAGACGCCAAACCCUUCCAUGUUUACUAGGCAGAACAGUGGUGGCUUCAAACACAAUAGUGGCUUUACCCAGAACAAUAGUGGCUUCAACCAGAACAAUAGUGGCCUCAACCAGAACAAUAGUGGCUUCAACCAGAACAAUAGUCGUAUUAACCAGAAUAAUCAUGGCUUCAAUCAGACUAAUGGUGGCAUCAACAGUAUGGCUUCCACACCUGGAGGGGGGUACAACCAGAGGAACAAUCAGACUUACAUGUACCUGGAAGAUGCCCCCAUGCCGAAGUACAAGCCACGGACACGAUCCACUGACACUAUUCUGGGAGACGACAAGGAGACAUUCUCCCAGCAUGUUGGACGCAGCAGGAGUCUAGACAGACCUUUAGAUGAUGUUGACAGGAAUAGUGGAGGAGGUGGUGACAAGAGUGGUGUUGGGACACAUCCAGCUCCCAGAUCGGCUGGCGGACAGCAAGGUGUGCCCCCAAAUAGACACGGCGUAGCAUACAGGGUUCCUCCAACCAACAACCCUUCGUCAAGUGCCAGUCAGGCGCCCACUCGGAACAGUAUUGCGGGAUACCGAGAGAAUCCCUAUGCAAGUGUUCGAGAGAUGCAGAAAGUUGCCAACAGUGUGAGAACUACUGCACCUUCUCCUAAACCAGGGUUUCCCACAAAUGCUGCUUCCCCAUCCCCAAAACCAGGCUUCCAAGCCUAUACAGGUGCUCCAUCACCUAAAGUUGGGUACCAGUCCUAUGCAACAGCCCCUUCCCCGAAACCCGGAUUUCAGGCUUAUGAUAGUUCAUAUCGGAGAGAUCCUGUUCGGGAAUCAGGACGAGACAGUAAUUAUGCCGAUAUCUCUCAGAUCAACAAAGACAGACCACCAUACAGGAGUAUGUAUGGUAUCCAUGGUGAUAAAGGUAGCUAUGGCAACUAUGAAAGUAUGCCAAUACAAAACUCUGUGAGCAAAUCAGAGAAUAACUUGUCAAAAAACAAUGAAAAUACAGACGUUAAAUCACGGCCAAGCAAACCGCCACCAUACGGUUAUCGCUAUGCCGACUCAGGUGCUAAUCUUUCUGGUAACCAAGGAAACAGUGCUAGUAACAAUAAUACUAAUUCCACUACAAACUAUAACCAAAGUGGUAACUAUAGCAACUACCCUGUAAAUAGUCAAAACAACAAUGCCCCCACACAAACAGGCAGUGUGACGCCUGUGUCGGGACGAUUUGGGGGCGGCAAAAUCAGUGAUAACAGUAAUACCACAGUUAACCAUGUGAGUAACCACAGUAACAAUGUGUCUAACACGAGCAACAACUCUCAGGAUAGCUUCAAUCUGUCCACAUCGGAGUGCUUACGUCACGAGAGUCCGUAUCCAAGGACAAGUGUAUAUAACCCGACGUACCUCCAGAACAAGGAGGACUCAACCUGCAGCAGCAACCAAGACUCUGGCUACAGCAGCAAGGCAAAGCUGCCUUACCUGGGACAGAGUCCCAAUGGGUUGCCUAGCAACAGUGGAACCCCAUCCUCAUCUUUCAGCAUGGAUCGCAGCCUCUCAACGGGAACACCCAGUCAGAACAAUUCUCCAUUUGUGCCUCAGACUCAGAGUGAUUCCCCUUUCAUAAAUUCCAAUCAGAAUAGUUCCCCUUUUACCCCAGUCAUUGCAACAAGUUCACCAUUUUCCCCGUCCAAGGAAAGUACCCCAGCGUUCAACUACUCUUCGAAUGCCAACGAACAGCAUACUCCCCGGCAGCCAGUCAACAUCCAGUCUCACGUCAAUGGCUGGUAUGAGAAGAAGCUGUUGGAGGCCGAGGAGAAGCUGCGAAACAGUGAGCAGUAUGGAGGAGCUCACAACUACAACAACGCUCCUAUCAACUACGACCCUGUGAAUGGAAGUGAUGUGUAACGACGUUCCAGUCACUGGCAGCAUGUACAUUGAACUUGUGUAAUAACCAUUACAUCGAAUGUCUACACCAGCGAACUUGUGUAAUAACCAUUACAUCGCAUAUCUACACCAGCGAACUUGUGAAGUGUGUGAAGGUUUAUUCAAAGGUGGUAUUGGGUUCUACUGAUCCAGACACUGUUUUCUCAUAUCACGAUGAGAUCGACAAUCAAAGUAUUCACAAGCUGAUUUCCCCGCUGCUUCCACUCAACGUUCCUAGUGCUAUGUUUAUCCCAGACGGUUUGUGAGGAUUAUACUACUACUGGUACAGAGGUAGUCGCUGUCAGCAUUAAACUGAAUCACUGUACAUGUUGGACAUGACAUACUUAACAUGCUGGCUGAAAUAUCUCAGAACAUUUUCUCAUGUUUCUUUCUUGAAUUUAGGCCAGGCUAAUCUACUUCACUUGUUCGACUUGACAGACAUUCCUUAUGUAGAACACAAUGAACAAAA